AUGCUUCAUGCUCCUGAAUCCAUCAAUGAGAUUAAUUUGGCUGAAGAAGUUAUGAAUUAUUAUUAUAAAGCUGCUCCUCUUAUACAUGAUCCAUCCGUAGAACUCUUCUCACUUCAUGCUCAUAUUCAUCUGGCGC